AGGAACCCAGCGGGAGUUUCACUCUUGGAGUUUGCCAGAGCAAGUGAUAUGGUGGUUGCUAACUCUUGUUUCCCAAAACGAGACGUUCAUUUGGCUACAUUUGUUAGUGGAGUGGGGACGACUCAGAUCGACUAUCUUCUCCUGCGCAGGUGUGAUCGGGUGCUCUGCAAGGAUGCUAAAGUAGUCCCGAGUGAAAACAUCACUACCCAACACAAGCUUCUGGUGAUGGAUGUCAGGAUUAGAUGGGUGAAACAUAGGAGAGCUUCGAGUGGCAACACACAAAUCCGGUGGAGGAGACUAAGUGGGGAAAAUAUCUCUGAGUUGAUCAGGCGAGUGCAGGAGAAAGGUGCGUGGGAAUCGGACGGAGAGGCUACAGAUAUGUGGACCCGGACUGCUAACUGCAUCAGGGAAACAGCCAGGGAAGUGUUAGGUGUGAGCUCUGGCUCUGGGAGUAGGCGUCAGGGUGAUUGGUGGUGGAGCGAUUCAGUCCAAAGUAAGGUGGAAGCUAAGAAGGUGGCAUAUUUGAGGUACAUGGGCUGCAAUGUUGAGGAAGAAAGAACGGCGUUACGAGUGGAGUACAAGAAGGCACGUAAAGGAGCCAAGUUAGAGGUUACGAGGGCAAAGAUUGCCGCUUUUGAACGCCUCUACAAGGAUAUUGAGGAGAAAGGCAGUGUUAAUACACUGUUCCGACUUGCUAAGGUGCGUGAGAGGAAGGCCCGAGAUCUGGACCACGUGAGAUGUAUGAAGGGGAGCGAUGGUAGAGUGUUAGUUGAGACUGCCAAAGUGGCUAAGCACUGGGGGGAGUACUUUUGUGAACUCUUAAAUGCGGGAGGAGACCAGAGGCUAGUUCUUGAUGAGCUCGGGCAGUCCGGGGCGUCUCGGGUGUAUUGUCGACGCAUUUGCCUGGGAGAGGUGGUUCGGGCUCUCCGAGGGAUGCGUAGUGGGAGAGCUUUGGGACCAGAUGAGAUUCCGGUGGAGUUUUGGAAGCAUGCGGGCCGUGGUGCGUGGGUUUGGUUAACCAAACUCUUCAAUGUUAUCUUUCGGACAGCAAGGAUGCCUGAUGAGUGGAGGGAGAGUCUCUUGGUCCCCUUGUUUAAAGGUAAAGGUGACAUUCAGAGCUG